GGUGAGUUUUAAUUUGAGAACUAUAACGAUGCCGCAGAUAUCUGACAGAAGCUUUCGACGACACGUGAGGCAACAUAUGUUAGCUAGCUGGGAGCAAAUUCAAGGAGUAUCGCAGCACGUUGUGAUCGAAAGUGGAAGUCAGAACAAUGAGCUUGUGGGAUGUAGUGAUGACCCGGGGGAUAGAAAUUCACAUGAUGUAGUGAGCGAGGACAGUAGUACCAGUUUUGUACCGUCGGCCACGGAGGGCACGGGGACAGGCAAUAACAGUUCGUGCUGGAGUGACAGGGUGAGCGCGGGAGAAGUCGGUGAGAGUUCGUGUUGUAGUGACACGGCCAACGCGGGAGAAGACAAUGACAGUUCGUGCUGGAGUGACACAGAUAACUCUUUUGAAGGCGAGGAAACGGUCGCUGUUUGUCCUGGUACAUCGAGUGUUGGUGACAGUGGUAUACCGGAACAGUACUAUUCUCUUGAACAACAAAGUGCGCACGAUGGCGAACAAAACUUAACAAGUGACCUCGCUGAGUGGGCUCAGGAAUUCUUUGUUACCCAUAAAUGCUUGACUGGCCUGCUACAUAAACUGCGUAACCAACCUAGCUUGUCGUAUCUCCCACGCUGUGCAAAAACAAUUCUCAAGACCCCACGACGCUGCACUGGUAUUGCAGAAAUCGGCGGCGGGAAAUACUGCCAUUUUGGGGUUGCUUCUGGCCUUCAGCAUGUGUUGAAGAACAGUGAAACACCUCACAUCAUCAGUGUAGCCAUUAAUAUCGAUGGGUUACCUUUAACAAAAAGUACGAAAGCACAGCUGUGGCCAAUUUUGUGUCACAUAAUCAACUGCAAAAGUGCACCAUUUCCUGUUGGUUUGUUCUUCGGACACUCGAAGCCGCACGAUUCAAAUGAAUACUUAAGACCCUUCGUUGACGACAUGAACUCUGUGCUCGCUUCAGGAGUUCAAAUUCACGGUGUGCAAGUCCCUGUUAAGUUAGCUGCAUUUAUAUGUGAUGCUCCAGCUCGAGCCUACAUACUUCACAUUAAAGGUCAUAAUGCCAGGGCAGGUUGCAGUAAGUGUUGCACGGAAGGGGAGUACAAGGAGGGAAGGAUGUGUUACCCAGGCAUGAAUGCAGCACCAAGAACCGAUUAGAGUUUCCG